CCGAGAUGGGUCUCCUACGGCUUGCAGGGCGAGUUCUCGCUGUUGGAAUUCUCGGCUGGUCCGUCGUCCUCUGCGGUGUCUUCUAUUUUGGUUAUAGGACAACCAAACGGAAAUACAAAGUACUCGCACGUUCACCGCUAUCAUCACUCCCGAGGGAGCGUGUACCCGGCGUAACACUCAUACGUCCACUCAAGGGUCUUGAUCCAAAUCUAUACGCAAAUCUAGAAAGCGGAUUUCAACAAGAUUACUCUAAUUUGGAAAUUAUAUUCGCAGUUGCUUCAGAUAGUGAUCCUUCUAUAGAAAUAGCUGAGAAGUUAAUAUCGAAAUACCCAGAUGUACCAUCACGCAUUUUAGUUGGUGAGACUCUCAGCGGCGUUAAUCCGAAAGUCAAUAACCUGAUCAAGGCAUUCUAUGGUGCACACAAUGAUAUCCUCUGGAUUGUUGAUAGUAACGUACAACUUAAUAGUGGAGUCUGUGCACGCUCAGUCGAUGCUCUCCAACGUCCUUCAAGGCGUGGUAAACGUGUUGGACUAGUACACCACAUACCAAUGGCUGUACAUCCUUCUUUAGAUAUUGGUGCCCAAGUCGAGCGCGUUUUCGUGAAUACUGUGCACUUCAAGAUGUAUACAGCUAUAAACGAGCUCGCUAUCGACAGCUGCGUUAUGGGUAAGAGUAAUAUGUAUAGACGUAGCGACGUCGAGAGACUCGAAGUACCAAGUAAGACAAGCAAGUCCGUUCAGGAACCUCAAGGCAGCAUAGAGGCAUUCUCAAGGUAUCUUGCUGAAGAUAACAUGAUAGCACGUGCAAUAUGGCAUGAUUUGGGUCUCGAUCAUGCUAUCACUGACGACAUCGUCGGUACAAACCUCGGUGAUAUGUCUUUAAGACAAUACAUAGAUAGACGUGUCCGUUGGAUUAGAGUGAGGAAGUACAUGGUAUGGCUCGCAACCAUCUUAGAACCAUUAACUGAGAGUGUUACACUCAUCCCACUCAUUAUAUGGUCCUUGAAGAACCUCACUGGAGCGAGAUACCUAGAAUUACUUGCUUUCCCGCUAUUUGCUGGAUGGCUAGGUGUCGAUUUGGCUAUCAUAAAUACCUAUAAAUAUGCCUCACCUCAUUAUAUCUCACCAAUUGGUAAUUCUUUACCACAAUUUAUCGCUUUUUGGUGCUUAAGAGAGCUACUGGCUUUCCCAAUCUACCUCAUGGGUGUAUUCGGAAGCAACGUCGGUUGGAGAAGCGGUAAAUACAAAAUGAUCGCUCAAGGAGAGGCUAUACCUCAAGGAUCAUCAGUAUGAACAAUUUCGAAAAUAAACUUUUCUUGUAGAAUUAUAUAUGUUUUUAAAGUA